CCGUCGCCGGACCGGAAUCGGGUAUCAGUUUCCCGCCGAACGUCAUCAACGUUGGAACGCUGGAACGCAGGAAUAACACACGCGGCAUGGAACCUAAGUUCGGUCGGUACAUCAAGUUUAACGGCUGCCUUAUAGUGCUGGUGGUCGGAUUUCGUGUAAUUGUAAACGCACACCAAUGGGUGGUACAGUUGCAGAACUGGCACGAGUAUCCUUUCCCGCAGGCACUUGAAAUGCGCAAUCAUCCCGUCGUAGAUGGAGUGUUUCAGAUUAUGUGGAUUAUUGCUGUUACCUCGUUCUAUCAGGCACUGUGGCUGGAAGUGGGGAUGUUGCUGUACCCGAUCGGUUUCGUGCUUGGCUUGGAAACCCUCAUUAUCGCCACUGGAGACGUGAUCAAGCGAUGGAACGGUGAUGCCGAGGAUUGCUUCCUGCGCAGUGGUCAAGUCGGGGUCUUGUGCUUCGCCGUACUGGUAUACUUUUACUACACUCUGUACAUCCUGAAGAAGUUGUUCCGAUCGGAUGAUCGUAGUAAGUUCACUACUCUACCAGCACCAUCCGGUUCGGCACAAAGACAACCCAGCAACCCAUUGGUGAGGGUACACUAGCAGAAGGCCGAGGGUCGGACCCAAAGCACAUCAAUUGACAGCGCACCUUCUUCGUUCGUAAUGGCAAGUUCGUGUACACGCGAGCCAUCUUUAUCGGCAAACUGUCUGUUUACGUUUUAGUGAACGCUUUGUGCCCGUGAAGGCUGCUACUGCCCUCCACUAUGGCAGGACGGUUGACUCAGAGGAGUCAGCCCAUCGACAUGUUGUGGAAGGGAAGGGCCGUUGUUAACUGUAGACGACGUCUAGUUAUCGCAUGAAAGCAUCAAUGUUUACAAGCACCGAAAUUAUCGGCACACUGUCCAUUGAUCAGACACUGAUGGUGUGUGAAGAAUUGUGUUGUCGUGUGUCUAGUGCUGCGCCAGUGUCUUCGUUUUGGCCUGCUGACAAGGACGCUUGCUUUAUCGUUCGGUUGUCCCUUCCUUUUUGCAAUGAAGUUGGAGGAAGCGGUUGUUGUCUGUCAUGUGCCAUGGACCCCUGUGUGUGUGUGUGUGCUUUGAUUGACUUGAGUGUGUCAAGGUGUCAAAUUGCAGCGUCCGCAGCUCCCGGGGGUUGUGUUAGAUAAAUAUGUUAAUGUUUUCCUGUACCGACAGCUGCCUCGGGGGAGUGAGUAGUUUGAUCCCUACUUAAGCGUGUCGUACGCCAGCGUCUUGCGAUGAGAAGUUAAGCAAUCGAAUAAAGUUAGUGAAUAAUUGUUUUCUUACGUUGA